AUACUGAUGACGUAAAGUUGCCGGAAGUUGGUGCUGUCAUGGCGGACCUGGGCCGGCAGCUACAGGAGUAGGUGGCGCAAAACACAUCGGGGAAAAGUGGUUCGGUUCCGGUAGCAGCAGCCAAUUCCCCGGUAGGGGAACGAGCCGAGCCUGCAUGGAAGGCAUGGAUAGGCCAUCACGUAACGAAGCUUAGCGCUCUGGAGCCCGAUCCCCUUCUGGCCGGUUUAUCCAGCUGUCAGAGACUGAACGGAGCGGCUGUGUGGCUGUAGCCGCUCUGUGCUUCGGCCUGUGCCCAUCCUGCUGCUCCGGGCCCGCAAGUUCGUUCCUCUUGGGCGGGGCCGUAUUCAGCCUGUGCGGAGCUUCCUGCGGAAAGGGGCGGCCAAGGCCCUGCCAGUGCGACCUGCUGAUUGGAUCAGGCUCCUCCCAUUAGACACAAGGAAACUAGGGACAGACUAAUGUUACUGCCUGGGAGCAAACAGGGGAGGGGGAAUAAAGGUCCAGUCAGCUUUCCCUGGGGUUGGAACAAACCAUGGCGGGGGGUGGAUUCUCCCCAGAAUGUUCCAUGGAGCAGGGAUUGCAGGGAGUGUCCUGUCCCAGUUGACUGCUCUCCAUAGGCGAAUGCACAGGAUACAGAUGAUUGAUUUGUCCUAUUCCUGCAGCUCUUGCCUCUCAUCAUCCUGAGUCCCCCUGAGUGAUGGGCAGCACAGAGUCAUGUGACUGGGAAUAAACCUCCUACAUUGUCUGUAUAAAGUGACCAGUCAUUGUACCACUAAACACACACACACACACAGUGACUAUUAUUAUUGUUAUUAGGCUUCAGGGCCCUCUCCCUGGGCAAGUGAGUUUAGCUGGGGCCCCAACAUGAACCUCACACUGAUUUCUGUAUUAUCCUCCCCAACCACAGAGAAGAAAUUGCUGCCCCAGAUCCGUGUCGGUGUGUGAGCUGCCCCCGCCUGUCUGUAUAUUGUACACAGUGCUGAUACCAGGGACACGUUGCAGACAUUAUUCAGGUUAAAUAACAUUUGCUCCUGUUUGUCAGACAGAGGCAGCCCAGAGAGCCUGCUGUUUAUGUAACUGCGCCCAAGAAAUUGGAGGGAGUUCAGGGCUGUGUGAGUUGGGGCUCUCUACUUCCAGGCAUGAUGAAUUACCUCAUUGGCUGAGGGAUGGGCAGGAGCCAGAAGGGGAUUGGUUUGCGCUACAGGGGCGGGGCACAUGUGGGACUGGGAUACUGAGUUUGUGCCACAUAUUGGGAGGAAAGGACCGGCUCCCUGAGGGGCUGGGCCAAUAAUAGAGUCUCAGGCAGCGACACAGACAAGUUACGGGCAGGCCCCUCCCCUGGAGGUCUGAUAAGGGGCGGGGCUAGAGCGCUUCGUGGCAGCUGACGCGGCAUGGACAGUGUUGCCGGAAGUGACGAGCCGGACGUGAGGAAGCGAGAGGCGGAAGGAGGGCGGACAUGGAGGAGGAGGAACGGGAGGUGGUUCGCGUCCGUGUCCGGAAGUGUGAGGGGGUUCAGCAGCCGGAGUCGCGCUCCUUCGCGGUCGAUCCGCAGAUCACUUCCCUGGACGUCCUGCAGCACAUCCUCAUCCGAGCCUUCGACCUCAGCGGGAAGAGUUUUGGCAUCAGUUACCUGGGUCGGGAUAAACAGGGCCAUGAGAUGUACCUGUCGCUGGUGUCCGAGUGGGAUUUGGGCAAUGCCUUCUCCACAGCUUCCAAGCCUUACCUACAGCUCAAGAUUGAUAUCAAACCCUCGGAGGACAGCCCCCUGCUGGAGGACUGGGACAUCAUCAGCCCCAAGGAUGUUAUUGGGACCGAUUUGUUUCUGGGGGACAAACGAGCACUUGCCUCUGCCCUGCCAUUUACACAGUCCAUCCUCUCUCAGGUGGGCCGCACCUUAACCAGAGUGCAGCAGGCAUUGAGUUGGACCUACAGCGAGGAUGUGAAGCCUUUCAAGCCACCCCUAAAUGAUGCUGAAUUCCACACCUACCUGAACCACGAGGGGCAGCUGACUCGUCCGGAGGAACUGCGUCUGCGCAUUUAUCAUGGCGGUGUGGAGCCGUCCUUGCGGAAGGUGGUCUGGCGGUACCUACUGAACGUGUACCCGGAUGGGCUCAGCGGACAGGAGCGCAUGGACUAUAUGAAGUGCAAGACGCGCGAGUAUUACCAGCUGAAGGGGGAGUGGCUUCAGCGCUGCAGUGCCGAGGACCUGGAGUUAAUUCAGGGCAAUGUGAUGAAAGACGUCCUGCGCACAGAUCGCACGCACCCCUAUUAUGCGGGUUUUGAAGAUAACCCCCACCUGCAUGCUCUCCAUGACUUGCUAAGUACUUACGCCGUUACCCACCCGCAGGUGUCCUACUGUCAGGGCAUGAGUGACAUUGCCUCCCCCAUCCUAGCCGUGAUGGACAACGAAGCCCAUGCCUUUAUCUGCUUCUGUGGCAUUAUGAAGCGCCUGGAGGGCAACUUCCGUAUGGAUGGCGAGUGCAUGUCCAUCAAGUUCUCCCACCUUAAACUCCUGCUUCACUAUUCCGACCCCCAUUUCCAUUCCUAUCUGUUGUCCCGUGGGGCAGACGACCUUCUUUUCUGCUACCGCUGGCUGCUGCUGGAACUCAAGAGGGAAUUUGCUUUUGAGGAUGCCUUGCGCAUGCUGGAGGUGAUGUGGAGCUCACUGCCUCCUGACCCCCCUGAGAAGGAGGUGGAGUUAGUUGGGCCGCCGUGUCUUCCAGGGGAACGCCGUAAAAACUCCCGCACGCGACAUAUGAUGCGGCCUGAUCGUGGCCUGAGUGCUGAAGGGGAAGAAGAAGAAGCAGGGGGCGGAGAAGGAGGAGAAUUGGAAGGGGAAGAAGGAGAAGAAUUGGAAGGGGAAGAAGACGGUGAAGAAGGGGAAGAAGGAGGAGAAUUGGAAGAAGGAGGGGGAGCAGAGGAAGAAGGAGGAAUAGAAGGGGAAGAAGGAGUGGGAGGAGGAGGAGAAGCAGGAGAAAUAGAAGGAGAAGACGGCAACUUAAAGGCGGAAGCUGUUGUUCAGAAGGAGAAGAAAGCAGAAGCAAGCAGAGAAGAAAGCUGUGCUCUGCUGAAACAAGGAAGCUUUGGUGAGUUCAAGUGCUAUGAGGACUCCGGGGAGGAAGACUGUGUGGAGCAUGCGGAUGCCAUCCCUUAUGGCCAAGUCCGACAGCCUACAGAGGAAGAUGAAGAUGAUGAAAGUGUCUGGGAGGAAGAGCCUCUUAUCAAACCUCCUGACUCUCUGGGAGUGACCACGUCAAUAUCUGCCCCUUCUCUAAGUUCCUGCACCCAGACAUCUCAGAGUUCCCCUUCUUUUGCAGCAGAAGAAAACAUUACCCCAUCCUCUGACACAGAGGGCAAAGAAAACCAAGAGCUGGAAGCCGAUGCCCCCGCCAUUGCUUCCCCCAGCCCAAUUAGCCUCCCCCCGCCGCAGGAGUUCGGCCGUGGAAACCCCUUUAUGCUCUUCCUGUGCCUCUCCAUUCUGCUGGAGCACCGCGAGCAGAUCAUGAAGCAGAACAUGGGCUACGACGAGUUGGCCAUGCACUUCAACCGGCUGGUGAGGAGGCACAACCUGAACCGGGUGCUGCACCGCGCCAAGACCCUCUUUGCUGACUACCUGCAAUCCAAGGUGUGGGACUCGGAGGAGGGUGACGAGGCAGCUGCUGAAUCCCCAAGCACCUCUUGACCACGCUCUGAGCUCCAAUCACACUUCUACCUGAUCCCCAGAGGUGCAUUUAGUUUAGUGUGAUGGGGGCUACUUUGCCGAUUGGGCUGGAAAGGGGGGGGGGACUGGCUACCAAUUAACUGAAAUAUCUGUAGAACUAGUUCUAUUAACUAGUAAAUUACUACCUGCACUCGAGCAGUGAGGUUCUAGGUCUGCUCAAACUGGGUCACAUUGCAGGUUCUUUCUGGGAUUUCCGAGUUCUCUACCAGCCCGAGUGCAUAGUGUAACUCUGGGGCUCCUCGGGCCUCCGCCCAUUAGAGUGUUUAGCACGGCAGGUUUCUGAAAGCCUCCGGGGGGGGGGUAGCUGGGUUGCUUAGGGGUCUUCAGAAAGGGAUGUAGGACACAUACUGGUUUUGUGGCUCAGUCAAUCAGAAAAUAUUUUCUGUUAGAUGGAGCUUUUCUUAGGAAAAGUUUGUACUCCCAGCAGGGGAUUUCAGCUCAGUUCUAGGCAGGAAAACCUUCAUUCUGCCCCACUGAGCUCCUUAGCAGAUGAAGAUUGUGUAAGGCCUAUUUAUUCCAGCAGAGGCAAUGCUCCUUGGCUUCAUAUUGCUAGAGGCUUGUUAGACCAAGGAAGGUCCAGCAUCUCCGUAAGAGAUGGAGAUUCCCCAUAAAAUGGACAGAGAAGAGAGUACGGGCCCAGUUUAUUCAGAGCUGGAGGCUGCAGGAUCAGUUUAUUUAGAGCUGGAGGCUGCGGGAUCAGUUUAUUUAGAGCUGGAGGCUGCGGGGAUCAGUUUAUUUAGAGCUGGAGGCUGCGGGGAUCAGUUUAUUCAGAGCUGGAGGCUGCAGGGAUCAGUUUAUUCAGAGCUGGAGGCUGCGGGAUCAGUUUAUUUAGAGCUGGAGGCUGCGGGGAUCAGUUUAUUUAGAGCUGGAGGCUGCGGGGAUCAGUUUAUUUAGAGCUGGAGGCUGCGGAGAUCAGUUUAUUUAGAGCUGGAGGCUGCGGGGAUCAGUUUAAUCAGAGCUGGAAGCUGCAGGGAUCAGUUUAAUCAGAGCUGGAGGCUGUGGGGAUCAGUUUAUUCAGAGCUGGAGGCUGCGGGCCAGGUUAUUUAUAGCUGGAAGCUGCAGAGGUCAUUUUAUGCAGGGUGGGAGGCUGCUAACUGCCAUAGGAUAGAAAGGGUGGAGCAUGAAGGUAGAUUGAUCAUCUCCUGAUCAAAUGGGCAAUCAGAAGGAAUAUUAAAUUAUGGGGGUAUUUAAUAAGGUAACACGGGAAUCCAAGUUAAGGGGGUAUUUAAUUUGCACAUUUAGCCAAAUUAGUCUUGUAUGUGUAUUUAUUUUGGAGGAGGGGCUGGGGUAACUCGGUUGAUGAGGUGUCAGGCUGUCGGCCGGACCUUCAGCUCCAUCUUUUAAGGAAAGGGGGAUCCCAGUAGGAGUGGGUCACCCCAUUGCUGGGAGUGUGUGUUGCUGUAUUACUUGCCAUUAACGCAGAUCAGUCCUGCAGCAGGUCAGGACUUGGCCAGAAUAUCCUUCAUGUCCCGACUGUGCGGGUGCUCUGUAGGCACCCUUUAGCUGCAGGUGGGCCGUGGCUGGGGGGAGUAAGGAAAAGCAACUGUCAGAAGCGAUUCACCCUGUUACAGCAGUGGGUCGGGUGUAGCGGAUUAUAGAAAAAAAUGCGGGUUGGGCUGUACAGUCUGGCACUCACUCCUACUCGGGGCACAAUGUGAUUUAAUGCUGCUUUACUGUGUAAUGUUAUAGUAAUGUGUGUUUUUGGGGGGGGGGGCGAUACUCUGCCAAGUUGGAUACAGUGGCCUUGUUGGACUGUGCCACCCGCCCUUACAUUCCUUUGUGCCCUCCAUGUACCAAUGUUCUGUUACACUUUUUGUUAAUGUUUAUUGGUUUGCACAUUACAAUGAGACGUCCGUGUGUACUCAUGUCUGCCCACUAUUUAUUUUGCUGAAGAAUGUGCCCGUCACUCAAGCCAAGGCUUGCCCUGCAGUCCGCUCCUCCCUGCAUUUCAUUUUGGCUGUUGCCCUAACUAAGCAGCCAGUCCAGGUUCUGCCUCGUUUGUUGCACAAGUUCUGGCGACUCAUUGUGCCCUCAUGUGGUUUAGUGACAUUGGGGUGCCUUCAUUGGUAGCUACUCAGCAGUUGGGGGCUGUGCCAGUGCCUUUUUUUAGUGCUCGCUCAGAUGAGUUAUCCAUUGGGUGGGCAGCUCUGGCAGCACUAAAUCAUUGGGUUGGCUAUGUUGGCAGUGCCUUUACUGAGUGGCCAAUCAAGUGGUUGGCAUUGGAUGGGGGGUGCAUUUUAUUGGCCAAUGAGAUGGCUCAUUCAUUGGGUUGUUUGAACUGCUAGUACCUUUGAGUGGCCACUUGAGUUACUCUUGAGUUUUGGGGUGUGGAAGGGGCCACUCAGCUGGGCAAAGUGUCAGUUUUGUGUAUUGGAAGAGGGCGGAGACUGUGCGGGACAUGACUGCAGGGGCCUCUGCCCACUUCUUCCCAUAAUUCCAUAAAUCAUUCCCUGAAUAAGGAUUUCCCAUUCAAGAGGACUAGGAAACCAGCUGGGCCAGGGGCAGAAUCUCACAAUGCUGCUGGGGACAAUAAGUACUGCCCCUUCUGGUUCUGUGAUUGGCUGAGAAAUAAAAUCAUUCCUCAUAAA